UCUGUUAAUAUUUUGUAUUAUUAGACUUUUUUUUUUUAAAGAUUUGCAACCGCAGUAAUCAUGUUCCAUUGUGAUUAAUGUGCGUUUCUGUGUUCCGUGUGUUUUUUAAUUUCCCAGUUAUGCGUAAUAAUGCCGUUCACACCGGUUCUUUUCCAGCAACACAGUGGCACAAGUGUGACUAAAAACUAGUCUUUUCUUUUCAUCUCAGUUCUCAUUCUUGACUGAAUAGGGCACAUGCAGUUCCAGUUGUUUGAACUAUUAUUAAUUUAGUAAAACAUGAAACAGUCACGUUAACCAGCAGCAUGUAUUAAUUUAGGAGUGGAGGUGACGGCUCAUAGGCAGGAGAUGAUGUAAAAACACAAUAAAAAAAUAUUUGCAGUGCAGUAAAGCACAAGGAGAGAAGAUUGAAAAGGAUCAUCAUGGAAGAACCAGGGCCUGAACAGCGCGCACGGUCACCCCACUUCCUCCCAUCUGAAUUAGACUGUUUCGGGAAUACAGUGACUCCUUACUCAGAGGGGUCAGCAGUCAUGGACAUCUGUAUAAAAACAGAACCUAACGAUGAAGACUUUUCUGACACUGCAUAUUACACUGAUGCUCAGAGCUACAGUGAUGAAGAGGUGGGAUCAGUGCUACAUCUGGAUGUUGACCAAAUUAAACAAGAGACUGUAAUGGUCAAAAUAAAUGAAGACACUGGCGCUCUAGAGACAGAUUCAGUCAUAUUAGAACAACAUUCUCAAUUACUGGGACCCUCUACUACAGAGAAAGCAGUUACUGAAUCUCUACGUGACUUUGAUGAUGCUCAAGGAAAGGGUACUCUGGAACAGUCUGUGGGACCUGUCGCCUGUUCCAAGGCCAGUAAGGAGCCAUAUCAGGAUGGUGUUACUCAUAAAGCCCAGAAGUGGCAAUGCCUUCGGUGCAGACGGAUUUUUAAAAGUCAGUCCUACCUGGAAAUCCAUUUGCAAAUUCACUCUGGUGACAGAAAUUGUAUGCCAGGUGGAGCAAGUCUUUCUCCAAUUUGUCACUUAAAACAGCACCAGCUUUUUCAGUGUGGAAAACAAUAUAAAUGUGGUCAACGUGGAAAGACUGUUUCUCAGUUAGGCAAGUUAAAACAGCACCAGCUUGAUCAUUCUGGUGAGAAACCAUAUAAAUGCAGUCAGUGUGAAAAGAGUUUUUCCCAUGGAGGAACGUUAAAACGACACCUUCUUGUUCAUUCUGGUGAGAAACCAUACAAAUGUAGUCAGUGUGGAAAGUGUUUUUACCGAGGAAAUAACUUAAAACGGCACCAACUCGUUCAUUCUGGUGAGAAACUGUAUAAAUGUAGUCAGUGUGGAAAGAGUUUUUUUCAGUCCAGUACCUUGAAAGAACACCAGCGUAUUCAUACUGGUGAUAAACCAUAUAAAUGUAGUCAGUGUGGAAAAAGUUUCAACCGGGGACAUGAUGUAAAACGGCACCAGCUUGUCCAUUCUGGGGAGAAACCAUAUAAAUGCAGUCAGUGUGGAAAGUGUUUUUCACAAGGCGGUACCCUAAAACAACACCAGCUUAUUCAUUCUGGUGAGAAACCAUAUAAGUGUAAUGAAUGUGGAAAGUGUUUUUCCCAGUUAGACAAGUUGAAACAGCACCAGCGUAUUCAUUCUGGUGAGAGACUAUAUAAAUGUAGUCUGUGCGGAAAAAGUUUUUCUCGAGGACACAAUUUAAAACAGCACCAGCUGACUCAUUCUGGUGAGAAACUCUAUAAGUGUGGUGAAUGUGGAAAGAGUUUCUCUCAGUCCAGUAACUUAAAACGGCACCAGCUUGUUCAUUCUGGUGAGAAACCAUAUGAAUGUAGUGAAUGUGGAAAGAGUUUUUACCGAGGACAUGACUUAAAAAGGCACCAGCUUGUUCAUUCUGGCGAAAAACCAUAUAAAUGUACUGAAUGUGGAAAGAGUUUUUACAGAGGACAUGACUUAAAAAGGCACCAACUUGUUCAUGCUGGUGAGAAAUUAUAACGUAAUCUGUGGAAGUUUUACUCCAAGGCAGUAUUUAAAAAUCCAUGAGAAAACACUGAAAGAUAUACUGUAAUGUAUUUGAAGUAUGGAGAACAGCUGCAGUUAAGCGUGAAAGGAAAUGAAGUCUAUACUACAUAAAGUGUGAGCUGCAGUCACUACUUACAUCAUUCUUCUUGGUCAUAUUUGGAACCUAGGUGUUGGAAUUUGUUCACCUUCCAGACUGACUCAAUGUUCUGUAUAUGAACCCUGAACUCUCCACCACUCCAACAUCACAAGGUCAUUUACUUAGUCGCCUUCUUUUGUUGGGUGAAGGAAUAGUUUUCUACAGACUGUCAGCUUUUUAUGAGAUAGUCCCUUAGAGAAUAUUUAAAUUCUCAGAUUUUUUCGUGCACAGUGGACCCAGAUAAAAUUGUUGUAUAACUGAUGUUUCAUACAGUUGUACCUUCAUCCUGUUCUGUUCCAGUAAUAAAAACUUGUAUAGAAAGUUCAGAGUUCAAGAUUGAAUCCUGUUACACUAAAGGAUACAAACA